UGACGAUGGCGCAGAUUGAGUCAACUUUAUUAACGUGGGAUUCCCACUAUGACAUCAACCCCCAACUACACGCCAGAUCCAUUUGGCGAGCUGAUAGGCACAUGUACGAUCAUCAUGAGAGGGAGAGAGAGAGAGAUGCCGAGCUGAGGCGGUCGAUUACUCCGUAGAUAGAAAUUGAGGCACGUACAAAGGUGAGAAUACGGGUUGAGGAUAGGAGAGGCGAGGUGUGCCAUUCUAUAUAAGCAGAGGAUAAGGUCAAAGGUGAGCUAAAGAGAAGAAUUGAUAUGCUCAUCAACAACAGCUUCUCAUCGACAAAUAUUAAGAAAAGAUUUAACGGACCUUGAAAACAUGACUUUCGGAGACUCUUCAGGUGGAACAUCAAACAACAAUGGCCAGUCCAAGAAACCCCCUAAGAGUGAUAAGAAGAAGUCAAAGGACCCGAACAAGGACAAAUCUGAAAAUCAGGGUGGCUCGUCAGGUCAGGGAGGUGGCUCAGGGGCAUAUGUGUCACCGCCAGACUUCUUCUCGUUUAAUGACCCCGGAAACGGCAAAUGAUGAUUUGGAAAUAAUGAUUUAAAUGAUCGGUUAUGGGCUGGGACAUGGAACAGGAUAAGGGAUAGGGGACAGGACGAUCGGACUUUUUUUUUUCUUGAAAUCCGUUCUAGACGAACGUUGAAACGACUUCAUUCAUUCAACAUAGACCAACUGCAAUAAAACUUAUCUAGAUAUUACUC